UAGCCGACCCUGCACAGAGCAUCUGUGCGCUCUUUCUCAGCCAAUCAGGCGCGUCAGCCGCCCAGCCAAUCAGCUGGGCUCUGGGACGCAAAUUCCAAGGCACACCCAGGAGAAUUAAUAUAACUAGCUGACCCCGCACAGAGCAUCUGUGCACUCUUUGGGGCCGGUUGUUAUCUCUCCCCCCACUUCUGCCCCAGUCUCUGCUUAUGGGCCCAGCCACCUCUCCUCCCCACUGCCACUUCUAACCUCCCCCCCCACUUUCUUUCUCCCCUCCUGGGCCUUGCCUCCGUGGCUGGGCCGGGCCCACCACCUCUGGCCUCCACGGCAACCAAUUCUCCUGGGUAUGCCUCAGCCAAUCAGGCACAUCCGCCGCCCAGCCAAUCAGCUGGGCUCUGGGACGCACAUUCCAAGGCACAUCCAGGAGAAUUAAUAUAAUAGAUAGAUUUUCAUGUUCUGGGACCUAGGUUGUCCAAUUAACAUAUAGGGUUUACUCCUCAUUAAAUGCAGAGACGCAUACAAGCAGAGUUCAUGUGAUCCAGAAUAUAAAGCAUGGUCAGCUUUAUUCAGAGGAUUACAUCGAAGAGGGGGAAAGUGCCCACUUAUUCAUAGUUUUGCUUACAUCCUUGCUUAGAGCUCAUGAGUCGAGUUUAAUUUGCAUAUCAAAAAUACAACAAAUGGAACUAGCAGGGAACUGGUGUUUGACUAAUGUACCGUAUUAAGCAUUUUUAGAUCGAAACUGGGCUAUCUGCUAAAGGGCUGAUAAACAGCCAAUGUAACACCAAUUUUUAAAAAGAGAUCCUUGGAAGGGUGGGAUCCAGGAAAUUACAGGCUAGUUAUCUUAACAUGUGUUCAGGUGCUCCAUCAUCAUAAACUGAUGGAAAGCAUAUUUAAAGAUAAAAUUAUUGUGCAUAUAGAAGAACAAGCCUAGCUGAAGGAGAAUCAGCAUGGAUCCUACAAAGGUUUCAAUGUGGUGUUCCUCAUGUUUCUCUUUGCUGUCUUCUACGGAAUAUAUUGCUCCAGAUGCUGUGUCUUUUAAGCACAAAUACAUUGGAUGCUUCUGCUUUCCGAAUCCAGCGAGUGGAAAUUGCAGAUAACUGCCAGGAUCACACCGCCCAUUCCAGAUCUACCUUUGCACUGGCAGGAGAACCCCUGAUUCUAAACCACUCUCUUUUCAAAUAUGAACAUAUGGACACUUUGGAUCUGGACCUUAAUUUCACCUGGUAUAAAAAUAAUUUGACAGCAAUGAUCCCUGUAGGAAUUGGAGAAACAAGAAUUCUUCUGCAAGAUGGAGAUCUCUGGUUCUUACCAGCCUCUCUGGAGGAUGCUGGGGAAUAUAUCUGCAUUCAAAGGAAUUCUUCCUACUGUGUUUAUGUGUCUAUUCAUCUAGCAGUUGUAGAGGAUAGUGCUGCCCAUGAAAUCGCCUAUCCCCAGAAGGCCUUCAUAUCUCUUGCUGAAAAGGUGGUUUGUCCUAGUUUGGAAGGUUUUGUUCAAAUGAAUACAAACUAUGAACUCAAAUGGUACAAGGGCUCCACACUUGUGGCUAUAGACAAUAAAAAGUUCACAGCUCGGAAGGGCACGGAUUAUCUUAUUGUAAAUUCUGUGUCAUCAGAUGAUUCAGGCUACUACACUUGUCAAACAUCCUUUGAACAUGAAGGAGCACAAUAUAAUAUCACCAGAACCGUUCACCUACAGAUAUUUGGCCUAGAGAAAAAAAGCAGACCUGUGAUUGUCUACCCAAAACAGAGGAUUACAUUAGCAGCUCUCGGUUCACGACUGACCAUCCCAUGUAAAGUGUUGGUUGGAGAAAGCAGCCAUUUCAAUACUGAAGUCUGGUGGCUAGUCAACAACACCUAUAUUGAUGAGAUUUACCCAACAGGUAGAAUUACAGAAGGAAAGCGUGAGGAACUUGUAGAAAAUUACGACAAUUACAUUGAGGUGCCAUUGAUUUUUGACCCUGUUGAAGAAGCAGAUUUUGAUACAAAUUUCAUAUGUGCUGCUAGUAAUACUCGUGGACAUCAUGUACAAGCAGUACAGAUCAAGCAAGAAGAGCCUCGUUUGUCUUGGUAUUUGGCAGCAAUUCCCGUGGCUCUGGCCACACUGAUUGUGGGAGGAAUAUACAUGCAUAAGUGCUGGAAGCGAAGGUCUGCAGGAGGAUAUAUCACAACCAAAUCCUAAAUAAUAAAAUCUAAUUUUUUUGCAUC